AUGUCCAAGAAAUGGAUCGAUAAAAAGACGGCACAGAGCUAUGCUUUGUUGCACCGUGCUCAUGAGGAUCCGUUAUAUUACAAUGAUGAGGCUGGGGAACGGGUGUUGGUCCCUAUCGACAAGAAGAAGAGUGCCAAAGAGAGAUUGGAGACAAAACAGGAUCUCCAAAAGGAACUGGACUCGAAAAUCGCUAAGGGAGACAUCCGGCAGAACGAAGGAGAGGCUGCGCUUUACGGUAUUACGUAUGAUGAUUCGCAGUACGACUAUAUGCAGCAUUUGAAGCCGAUAGGAGAAGAUAAAAGCGGAGUGUUCAUUGCCAAAGAAGAACGGCCUAAAAAAGUGGAGCUUCCCAAAGAGCUGUUACCGUCGGAGGAGACGGAGAAGUAUGAUUACCAGCGUCAGCAGAAUAUCCAGGACGAUAUUGCUGGCUUCAAGCCUGACAUGAACCCCGAUCUCCGUGAGGUUUUGGAGGCGCUUGAGGACGAAGCUUAUAUUGAUCCAGAGCAGGACGUUGACAACACCGAUGUUUUUGGCACUCUUUUAAGCGGAAAAGCCGAAGUGAUCGACGACAAAGAGUACGAAGAGGAGUACGAUGAAUGGGACAUUGACAACUACGAGGACGAAUACGAAGAGUACGAUGCUGCAGAGAACGAAGAUGACUUUGACUGGGAAAAAGACUUCAGUCGGUUUAAAAAAGCACAGAGCCAAGGAAAAGGACCGGUGAACGACUGGGAUAGUGACGACGAUUUUGAUGAGGAGGAAGAGGAGGACGAGGUGGCGGAGCUUCCCGAUAUGAACACAACUGGACUCAAGAGUAAGAGUGCAAAGAAGAAGCAGAGACGGCGGAAGGGAGCACAGACAGACACUUCUUCAUAUUCGAUGUCGUCUUCGGCUCUUUGUCGGACCGAACAGAUGACCAUCAUAGACGACAAGUUUGACGUCAUGAAAGAGCGCUAUGAGGUUGAGGAGGAGGACGAUUACGAGCCGUUUUCGUUUGAUAAUGAGCGGCAAGACUUGAGUGCUAUGGUGGAUGACUUUUUGGAUAAUUACACCUUGGAGAAGGGAGGAAGACGGGUGGUCAAGAAGGAUAAAGAAUUGGAAGAGCUGCAAAAAGCUGCCGACAGUGUUUCGCGAGGCAAGCUCGCUUUGCGUAGAAAGCAGAAGGCCAAGGGACAAUCUUCGUUUAAAGGGUUGACUGAAGACUUGAAGAAACUCCGUAUGUAA